UCGAAAAAUUCCUGUUGUACCUUAUGGCGCAACCACAAUUCGACAAUUAAGAUAAGAUAAUGAAGAAACGCUAAAAAUUUGUUUUAAUUACAAGUUCCAUGUGACUAACGUAGUUGUGGCACAUAAACUAACCGAUUCCGAACGCCGCUGUUAAAAAUUUAUUUUUAGUUUUCAUUGUUAGUCGCGUUGGUUAGCGUUAGGUAACUUUCGUGUAGUACGUAGGUGCACGCGUUCGAAGGCCCCAUUCAUCCUUGUCGCGAGCACAAAUUAUGUAGAAAAUGUAUUCACUAAAAAAGGAAUAAGUUAAAAAUUCGCCCCGAAAAUGUUAAAACGGCGCAGGUCGCAAUUUCAACGUUGCGUAUCGAUCCGAAUUGGUGAAAGGGCGAAUUAUGUCAACAGUCCGCAUGUCAUUGCCAUGGUCGGAUUGCCAGCGAGGGGUAAAACGUACAUUUCCAAAAAGUUAUCGCGCUAUCUCAAUUGGAUUGGCAUCAACACAAGAGUAUUCAACUUGGGAGAAUACCGUCGUCACGCAACUACAGCCUACCAAAGUCACGAAUUCUUCCGUCAAGACAAUGCCGAAGCGAUGGCAAUUCGUAAUAGGUGCGCGGUGGAGGCGCUCGAAGACGUCUGUCAGUGGCUCGAAAACGGCGGCGAGGUGGCCGUAUUUGAUGCCACCAACUCGACGUUGGAGAGAAGACGGAUGAUACAGGAAACCGUCGUUGACCGUAUGGGAUAUAAGCUUUUUUUCGUCGAGUCAUUUUGCGACGAUCCCAGAAUUAUCGAGCAGAAUAUCAAAGAAGUAAAAAUAAGUAGUCCGGAUUAUGCGAACAUGAAUAAGGACGCGGUACUUAUCGACUUUUUGAAACGUAUCGAGCAUUACCAGGAGAAGUACGAACCCAUGGACGAAAUUUAUGAGGGGGACUUGUCGUUUAUGAAAAUAUACAAUACGGGAGAAAAGGUGCUCGUUCAUAAACAUGAGGGACACAUUCAAUCUCGAAUUGUAUAUUACCUAAUGAACAUUCAUAUCACGCCUAGGACAAUUUAUCUGACCAGACAUGGAGAAAGUGAACAGAAUCUUGAGGGCAGGAUAGGUGGGGAUUCAAACUUAAGUGCCAGGGGCAAACAAUACUCAACUGCGCUUUCCAAGUUUAUUAAAGAACAACAAAUUGAGGGGUUGCGAGUGUGGACGUCAUGGUUGAAACGAACAAUUCAGACUGUUAGCGAUGUUCAAGCGCCACAAGAACGGUGGAAGGCGUUAAACGAAAUCGAUGCCGGCAUCUGCGAGGAAAUGACGUACGAAGAAAUCAAAGAUCAAUACCCCGACGAUUUUGCAGCUAGGGAUUGCAAUAAGUUUGCUUACCGUUAUCCGAGAGGAGAAAGCUACGAAGACUUGGUAGCCAGGCUUGAACCUGUGAUAAUGGAGUUGGAAAGACAAGAAAAUGUGCUAGUCGUUUCGCAUCAGGCUGUCUUAAGAUGUCUUCUUGCAUACUUUUUAGAUAAAUCGGCAGAUGAGCUGCCCUAUUUGAAAGUUCCGCUGCACACCAUCAUAAAACUGACGCCAGUCGCCUACGGUUGUAGAAUGGAAAAGAUCAAGCUGAACAUCGAGGCCGUCGAUACGCACCGUCCCAAACCUAAGGAACCCGGGAAAGUAUGCGAUGUGAUCUCUGACGUUACUACUGACUAAAUUACUAAUGUUAACUUAAUAACAAUGUCUUAAUCGUUUUUGCUGCACUAAUUUAGUAAUACCUCAAAUAUAGUCUAUGCUCAAGUGGUAGGGACCAGUCGUCAAGCACAAAUUUAUCACUUAUGGCAAUAUCAUUAUAAUUUUUAGCAAUACAUAUUACUCAAAUUUGCUGUGAGCAUUAAACAGUUUUUGUUUGUAUUAAGCAGCAAAUUGGGAUGGUAUUUGUUUUUGAUCUGUGAUAUGUCUUUAGUAAUAUUUUAUUUGUAAUAUACUAGAGAUUCUUAAUUCCAAGAUGUUAUUCUUUAAUGAGAACGUGCAUAGUUCUUAAUGCACUUUCUCAUUUUUCUUCAUAAUUCUGAAUUUUGUUGGUGUUAUGUAAGAUUUAAGAAUUCAGUUGAAAGUACAAAAGCUUAAUGUACCUAUAGUUAAUUAAUGAUGGAAAUUCCGUAAGUAUUGUCUGUGUUCAACACUUUUAUAAAUCUUAUAUUAAAUAUAAGUAAGCGUACAGAGACACGAACUGAGUUCUUUAAAAUUAUUAUUUCUAAAGUUGCAGCAAAUGUGAUCUUAAAAAUCUCUUGUGUGCUGUUUUGACUGACGAUCAAAUUAUUUAAUUUUACAAUCUCGCAUAGGAAACACAGGGUAAAAAUUUUUUGAUCAAAGCUUUGGAAUUCUACUAAUUCAGAGGGUGGUAAUUACUCUAUUUUUAAAUGUACCUUCUUUAUAUUUGCAGUUUCAUGGUAUAAAAUCUCAUAUAAUUUAUUUUGGGCAGCUCUUAUUCAGUAACUGCUUAGCUAAUCUUUUUGUUUCGUAACUGUACAAUAAAAUUUGACAAGUGGUCUGUACUUAUUGUUACCAACACAUUCAGAUUUUUCAAAAUUUCAAGACUAGUGAGAAAAAAAGAAGGUACGAAUCCCAUGAACACAUAUGAAAUCCAUACCCCAUUACUUCGGUAAAAGUAUCAAAUUUUGAGGACAAAUCAAAAAAAGAUCAAUUGCAACAAGCUCAUCCAUUGCUAUGAGUAUGUAUAUUCCAAAGAUCACAAGUGGUCCUUAAGACAACCAAGUUUCAUAAUCUACAAUCAUGUUGGGUUCAAAACUUUAGAUCGUUAUACAGUGUAGAAAGUUUCCAAUGUUUUAUUUAGUCGACGCGGUUAUUAUUUCAAAUUUAGAACGUUUCAGUUUUUAUCUAAAACAAAAUGACUAUGUUUCUCAAUCUUUUCAUUAAUUUAUUUACAUUCUGCGCAAACGCACUGUAUGUGAAGAAUUGCUUCCUAAUCGUGUCUAAUCAAAAUUGGGCAAAUUGGACUGAGCCUGUUUCAAAUUUGAGCCCAUUUAAAAUGUAACAUGGCUGUGAUUGGCUGUACUUCUAGUAGUGCUCUCUUGCAUUCAAAUUAAUACUUCGCAGUACGAAGUACAGCUGAUUUUUUCAGAUUAUUAAAAAAGUAUGUAGUAGAUAGUACUUAACAGCUUGUUCUGUAAGUCUAAGGCAAAGAAUAAUUAGUGUACUAGAAUAACGUAAUUCGGUUGUGGUUUUCACUUCUUAGUCAGAUACAAUAGUUAUUCUUUGUCUAAGGGCCGAUUGUACACAGUAUUAAUGCAAUACCAUGGUAAUUAACUUGUGCAAUCGAGCUUGAUUUUGUGUUGCUACUUCACACAGUUCUUAUUUUUGUAUGAAUAACAUAGUAUUCAUUGAAAACUGAUUUUUAAAUUGUAUCUAACGUUCACUAAUUUAUGGUUACCACCGCUUGUUGUACCUAUUCUUACUAGUUUUUAACUGUUAAUAAUACGUGUAUUAAUAUUACUUUAGCCCUGUUUUAUGUAUUUGUUAAUAUUUCAGAUAAUGGCUAGAUUAAGAUAUUUAGCAUGCUUGACUAUAAGUUCGAAUUGUAUUUGCACAAUUUUACAUGUUAGUUAUUUUGA